AUGCCAUCUAAAGGAAAGAGAUCUAAAGCUGCAAAGAUACGCUGGACUAAACUGGACCUUUCAGACCCAUGUUUACGGGAUCAGGAGUCCCACAGCAGCAUAGUGGAAAUGGAGGUUUGUGAAAGUGAAUGUGCCCAGGAGGUACAUAGUGAACCUGUGGUGUCAUUCCCAUGUUCAUCUAAGUGUCAAGUUCAAGAGCACAGUGACAGUGUGAUGGGCAUAUCUGAAAACCAUGGCAUGCAAGAACCAUGUGUACCAAGUGAGAUAUCUGUGCAGGCAUCAUUUCAUCAGGGUCAUCAUGGCUAUGGAAGGUUAAGGAACAAACAGUGUACAUGCAUGGCUCUGACAUUUUUGGCAUACCACAGUGAGCUUGAUGAUGUGAGGAAGGAUGAUCUUGAUCAAAUACUGAAGAAGGGCAACAGCUUGUAUGGCACAACAAUACAACAGCUAAAACGAAGAAAUGUCUAUCAGCACCAACACCUGACAAUGGAAGAAGUGCCCCUCAGAGUCAACACUGAAAAAUAUGAGUAUAACGUUGUUAAAUCUCCAGUGUUAUCGGGAUGUGUGAGAGCCACGGUAGACAGUGACAACCAAGGAUGGUUUGUUGACCUCUCCACAAGACUACAGUGCCUCAAUGCAGAUGUUACACAUGCACUUUUUAUAGUAGUGCCAUAUUGCAUUGCAUUGUUCAGAGACAAGUCUGGGAGAUAUGGACUGUUUGAUUCUCAUAGUCGAAAUAAGGAUGGACUUCCUGCCACUGGAAAAGGAAAAGCUGUUAUGAUCACCUUUACACAUUUGAGUGAUAUGGGGGCAAGGAUUUAUAAGUUGUAUGAAUUGCUCCUUACAGACAACAGAGGCCCUAUUGAUGGACUGCAGUAUGACUUCAUGCCAGUCUCAUUUCAGUGUGCAAGACGUCUGUCAGAUGGUUUGAUGUCCCCACCGGUGCAAUCUGACAAACCACAUAAUGGAAAGCAUGUGGAGAACAAAGUGAAACAGAUGACCAAAGAUGCAACACACACUGGAUUCCCAGCCAGCAAGCAUUCUCCACGGUCACUUGAUGCAAAAUCCUCACAGGGCAUAUGGAAGGACAGUAAGGCAUUGUCCAAAUUAAAUGCACAGCAACAACAAAAACUGAAGACAAGACACAGAAAUGAAAGAAGGCGUGGUUUCAAGGCUACAAAGAUGUCUGUCAUCAAUAAGAGGAGGACAUACAUCACUAGCCGAUACAGAGCAGAUGCUGAUUUCAAGUGGAAGCAGAAGCAAUAUAUCAUUCGCAAAUAUGCGACAGAUGCCAAUUUCAACUUGAAGCAGAAGCAAUACACAACCAGCAAAUAUGCGACAGAUGCCAAUUUUAACUUGAAGAAGAAGCAAUACAUCACCAGAAAAUAUGCAACAGAUGCAGGCUUCAAUUUAAAGCAGAAGCAAUACAUCACCAGAAAAUAUGCAACAAAUGACGAUUUCAAAUUGAAGCAGAAGCAAUACAUCACCAGAAAUAUGCAACAAAUGCGAUUUCAAAUUGAAGAAGAAGCAAUACAUACCAGCAAUAUGCAACAAAUGAUUUCAAAUUGA